AACUUUACCCGGAAGCUAUUCUGUACCCGGAAGUAGCCCCAAAUCCCCAUAACAAGUGUUGGUGAAAAAGCGUCUUUGUGUCUUCUGCAACAUCAACUUAGAUCUUUAUUCUACACCACAACUAGGUGAAUAGGUGCGUGAUGAAGGAGUGCUUCUAGGCAUGGACACACUCUCCAGCCACAGCUCCUACCUGCUGCAGCAGCUGCAGGAGCAAAGGAUUCAGGGCAUGCUGUGUGACUGCAUGCUGGUGGUCAAGGGAGUCUGCUUCAAAGCCCACAAAAAUGUCCUGGCUGCUUUCAGCUCCUAUUUCAGGUCUUUAUUCCAGAAUUCCCCGAGUCAGAAAAACGAAGUGUUCAAUUUGGUAAUCCAGGAUGUGGGAGGCAUCGGCCAAAUCCUGGACUACAUGUACACCUCCCACCUGGACAUCAACCAGGACAACGUGCAGGCGCUCCUGGACAUCGCUCAGUGUUUGCAAGUCCCUAACGUCCAAAGCAUGUGUAACACCUUCCUCAAGCCGGUGGAAAUGCCCUCCUUCUCUCUGCCUGGUAUGCUGACUUCAGAACACGACUGCCUCCUGGGGAGCAGCCUGCCCAAUGAUGUCCACCUCCAUUGUCCCUCUGAAGUACCCAGGCCCGGCUUCAUGGAGCAAGCCAGAAGAAUGGCUGUUUCUGUGCCUAACAGCUGCAACCAGGCAGCUGUAGAAAAGCAGUUAGUCCAUGGAUAUAAGCUCCGCAACUUCUACAGUAAGCAGUACUUCAAACAGAUUCAGGCCUCAAGUCAGAGCCCGGGCCCUUCGGUUGUGGUGGAGGAGUCCCAGUGUCAUCUCGGGGUCAGCCAGGGAGAAAAUCACUCAAACACAGUCCAGCCCAACAAUUCUUCCUUGGCCCUUGACAAGAGCCAAGAACCCGUCUCUGCACUGACACCCUCCGAUAGCUUAAACGCUGAGCAUGCAGACUCCCUGCUCAAUAAGCCAAUGCGUCCAAAGAAGACCGUGUACCUAAAAAAAUACAACUACUUACGCGCUCAGAAGGCCUUGGAGGAAAUGUUGGCAGAACCCGUCUGCGAGCCCAUCCUUAGCUGCUCCAAAGAGGUCCAGAUUGAAGCUGAAGAUAUUGUCGCUGAGCGGGAAGACACAACUAAGACCCCAUCAGAUGCUGAAAUACCCAGACCUUCGCCGGAGAACCAGGAGGACGUGCCGAGUGUGGCGCAGCAAACGCUACAUAAAUAUUGCUGCAACCUUUGUGGGAAGAUCUUUAAACACCCCAGCAACCUGGAGAUGCACAAACGAUCACAUACAGGCGAGAAGCCAUUCGAGUGUAACGUCUGUGGAAGGAACUUCUCCCAGGCUGGAAACUUACAGACACACCUGCGACGACAUUCUGGAGAGAAACCUUAUAUCUGUGAGUUAUGUGGCAAAAGCUUCACUGCGUCUGGUGACGUCCACCGUCACAAGGUGGUCCACACAGGAGAGAAACCCCACCUGUGUGACAUAUGUGGUCGAGGGUUUAACAACUUGAGCAACCUGAAAGAACACAAGAGGACCCACGCCACAGACAAGAUGUUCACCUGUGACCAGUGUGGAAAAUCCUUCAACACGCACAGGAAACUCCUGAAGCACAAAGCCUGCCACGCUGGGGAGAAACCACACAGCUGUCCCACAUGCGGGAAGUGCUUCAUCGGCUCCGGGGACCUGCAGCGUCACAUCCGCUCCCACACUGGAGAGAAACCAUACCUCUGCACCUCUUGUGGUAAAAGCUUCACCCGUUCCGCCAUGUUGAGGAAACACAGCAACAUGCACUGCAAGGGUGCGCCCGCUGAUGGCGCCGUCACCUCGGACCAGACCGGUAGUGCAGACGUAGGCACGCCCCUUAGCAAAAGUGUGUGUCUGAACAAUGUCACCACAAGUGAGCAGACUUUUCCCGCAUCGAUGCCUCCCACAGGACCUGAGAAGCCUUCGACACCUACUCCUCCACCUUUGGACAUCCAGCUGAGCCCGGCUUCAAACUCCCUUCCAGAACUGCGCACCCUGGUCCCCCAUCACCUGCUCUCAUCCUCCCACCAGGAAAGGGUGCCUGCUUCGGAUCCCAUGAAGCUGCCCAAAGCCCAUCUAUCCCCAGAGGUGGUGUAUGGGCCCUAUGGGGAAAACAUUGGGAGAGGACUGGUGGGCAAGGCCUACCAGGACAGUCCCUGUGCCACCUUGACUCGCUCCAACAGUGAAGGCAACUUUACAUCCAGCGUAACUCUGUGGGGCCUUGCCAUGAAGACUUUGCAGAACGAGAACGACAUGGAUCAAUAACACUUCUGUCAGUCCCCUAGGGCGGGGGUCGGCAACUCACAAUGUUGAAAGAGCCAUAUUGGACCCAAAAUACGAAAGACAAAUCUGUCUGGAGCUGCAAAAAAUAGAAAGCCUUAUAUAAGUGUUAACAUGAUGUCAGUGUCUAUAUUAGCCGACUAGCAAAACGACCGUGACGCAAAUCUUUGUUGAUAGAAAUGUUGAAAUGUAAUAUUUAUUCUACACAUUUGAAAUCAUUAGUAAAAUGGAGGCUUCUCACCGGGUGAGAUAACUCCUGGAAAUGUCUGUCUUAAAGGAAAACUGCAGGCGGGCUUCUAAUGGCUUUACUACAAUCUCUGCAAGCUGGCUAACAUUUGCUGUGGUCUGGAACAACAUGGCACACAAUUUGUCAUGAAACAUGCAAAUAUAAAUGAAAUAGACAAAGGUCACAAGUAAAGGAAAUGAAUGAGCUGAAAUGUAGCUACAAAUGAGGCAAUGUGUUCAAACCCUGUUUCCAUUUGAGUUGGGAAAUUGUGUUAGAUGUAAAUAUAAACAGAAUACAUCCAUUUUCUACCGCUUUCUCCCUUACGGGGUCGCGGGGGGCGCUGGCGCCUAUCUCAGCUACAAUCGGGCGGAAGGCGGGGUACACCCUGGACAAGUCGCCACCUCAUCGCAGUAAACAGAAUACAAUGAUUUGCAAAUCAUUUUCAACUCAUAUUCAAUUGAAUAUGCUACAAAGACAACAUAUUUAAUGUUCCAACUCAUAAACUUUUUUUUUUUUGCAAAUAAUAACUUAGAAUUUCAUGGCUGCAACACGUGCCAAAGUAGUUGGGAAAGGGCAUGUUCACCACUGUGCGACAUCACCUUUUCUUUUAACAACACUCAAUAUACGUUUGGGAACUGAGGAAACUAAUUGUUGAAGCUUUGAAAGUGGAAUUCUUUCCCAUUCUUGCUUGAUGUAGAGCUUCAAGGCCUACUGAAAUGAGAUUUUCUCAUUCAAACGGGGAUAGCAGGUCCGUUCUGUGUCAUACUUGAUCAUUUCGCGAUAUUGCCAUAUUUUUGCUGAAAGGAUUUAGUAGAGAACAUCCACGAUAAAGUUCGCCACUUUUGGUAUUUCCUGAAAAAGCCUUGCCUUUACCGGAAGUCGCAGACGAUGACGUCACAUGUUGAUGUCUCCUCACAUAUUCACAUUGUUUUUAAUGGGAGCCUCCAACAAAAACAGUUAUUCGGACCGAGAAAACGACAAUUUCCCCAUUAAUUUGAGCGAGGAUGAAAGAUUCGGGUUUGAGGAUAUUGAUAGCGACGGACUAGGAAAAACGUGAUAGCUUUGGGACAUAUUCCGAUGUUUUUAAACACGUUUACUAGAAUAAUUCUGGGAAAUCCCUUAUAUUUCUAUUGUGUUGCUAGUGUUUUAGUGAGUUUAAUAGUACCUGAUAGUCGGAGGGGUGUGUUGACGCCGAUGUCUCACGGGUGUUGACGGCAGCUGUACGGACGACACAAGCUCAGCUGAUAUCCGCUAAGUGGCGACUUUUUCUCAGCUUUUCUCCGGUAAGAAGCGACUUUUUAACCACAAUUUUCUCACCGAAACUUGCUGGUUGACAUUCUGUCUUGAUCCAUGUCUGCUUGACCGCUCUGAUCCAUAGUAAAGUUUCAGCUCCGGGAAUUUUAAACAAGGAAUCACAGUGUGUUUGUGUGGCUAAAGGCUAAAGCUUCCCAACUCCAUCUUUCUACUUUGACUUCUCCAAUAUUAAUUGAACAAAUUGCAAAAUAUUCAGCAACACAGAUGUCCAAAAUACUGUGUAAUUAUGCCGUUAAAGCAGACCACUUUUAGCUGUGUGUGUGUGCAGCGCUCACACUUCCUAAAAACCGGUGACAUCCUGCGUACACGUCAUCAUUACACGACGUUUCCAAGACAAAACCCCCGGGAAAUUUAAAAUUGUAAUUUAGUAAACUAAAAAGGCCGUAUUGGCAUGUGUUGCAAUGUUAAUAUUUCAUCAUUGAUAUAUAAAGUAUCAGACUGCGUGGUGGCUAGUAGUGGCUUUCAGUAGGCCUUUCAGUCCUUCAACAGUCCGGGGUCUCCGCUGUCGUAUUUUACGCUUCAUAAUGCGCCACACAUUUUCCAUGGGAGACAGGUCUGGACUGCAGGCGGGCCAGAAAGUACCUGCACUCUUUUUUUAGGAAGCCACGCUGUUGUAACACGUGCUGAAUGGGGCUUGGCAUUGUCUUGCUGAAAUAAACAGGGGCGUCCAUGAAAAA